AUGAGGUUACUCAAUAUUCGCACCCUUGAGCUUCGAGAAUUUCGGGUCGGUGGAUUACCCAAAUAUGUCAUUGCGUCGCACAGGUGGAUCACCGACCAGGAAGCCAAGUACAAAGAUGUCCAGGAACGCCAGAACACCGAUACACUUGGAUAUCUGAAAGUCAAAGGCUUCGCACAAUAUGUUCAAAAUAACAUUCCUGAAGUGGGCUGGUUGUGGAUCGAUACUUGCUGCAUUGACAAGUCAAGUAGCCAGGAAGUCAGCGAAGCUAUCAACUCCAUGUUCAGAUGGUAUUCCGAGGCUGAGGUCUGUCUCGCAUAUCUUUCAGACGUUGACACGCUCGAUGUAGAGGACUUCAUCCUUAGCGAGUGGUUCACCCGAGGUUGGACGCUACAAGAACUUCUUGCGCCUAGUAUGGUUGUGUUUCUGGCUAAGGACUGGCGAAUAAUUGACUUCGAACAGAGCAGAAGUCUCGACGUGGACGAGAAGAUUGCAUGGACCUCGGGUAGGAAGACCACACGUGAUGAAGAUAUGUCGUACUGUCUCUUUGGCAUCCUCGACGUCACCAUCGGCGCCAAUUAUGGAGAGGGUGGAGAUAAAGCGAGAAGACGUCUACUCAGGGAGCUUGCUGAAAACAGGCAUAUCGUGGCACCUAUCGUUGGACACUGCUCUCCACAGCGACAACAGACACACAUUGGGACAACUUGGUCGCAUGGCUAA